GUAUUGGAUUGAGAAUCGAUCAGUUAUAUUUAAUGAAUUCACGCCGCACUACGUGAACUCCACAUUAUCUACAUAGGAUACCACCGUCGGACCUACUGCAGAGAUGUGGUCAAAAAUGUUGCUGUUAAGUUUAAAUAUUUACAUUCUACUGUCAAUAGUGGAUGGCAGUAAAAUCAUUUUUUUGGAUACUGUGGUGAAGAAAAAUCCUAUUAAUGAGACCUUAGCUAUGAAUGAAAAUGGAACUAUGAACGAAAUCGGACUCAUGAGUUCUAUGUUUAUAGAAAAAAUGACUAAUGAAACUAGACCUAUGAAUUCUAUAUUCCUAGAUAAAAUGACUAAUGAAACUAAUGCACCAACAAAUAAACCUAUGCACAUAAAUACAAUAAUGAAUGAAACACUUAAUAUGAAUGAAACUAAUACAAUGAAUGAAACUAAACCUAUGAAUGAAACUAAACCUAUGAAUGAAACUAAACCUAUGAAUGAAACUAAACCUAUGAAUGAAACAAUUCAACAACACGUACAAAACUCAACUUCAAAGGCAGACACAUUGUCUAUAGGUUUAUUAGAUGCAACAUUGAAUAUUGACAGAUCAAUUGAAAGUUUACAAUCACAUAGCUCUAAUCAUGAUCACAAUAUAGUUAUAUCUCCGAUAUGUAUAGCAGCUGCUUUGUCACUUGUCCUUCUGGGAGCUCAUGGUGAAACUAAAACAGAAGUUGGUAAAUUGUUUGGUUAUGAUGAGAUCACAACAAGCCAUUUAUCUGACAAUAGUAACCAAAAUUUUAAGGAUUUGGGAUUAUUAUUAAAUUACUUUCAAGUUAACUCUGGUGAAAAAUUGGGCACAGAAGUUAACCUAGCAAAAGCAAUAUUUGUUCAAAAUGGUUAUAAUAUUACAAAAAAUUUUAUAAAAGCAGCUGAAGACUAUUUAAAAUCCAAAUUGAUUACAGUUAACUUCAAAUCAGACGGAGAACACACAAAACAUAUUAUAAACCAAUGGGUGUCUAAUCAAACACGUGGAAAAAUCAAUGACAUAUUGCCUGACAUUCCUUCAGCUGAUACCAAGACCAUUAUUGCAAGUGCUUUAUAUUUCACAGGCGAAUGGGAGAACCCAUUUUUUAUCAACUAUACCAGAAUAAAACCAUUUUGUUAUGGAUUAAUCACUGGUGAUAGAAAAUCACCAAGACCAAACAAAGAUUGCAUAUACGUCCCAAUGAUGGUUGGCAGUAGUGAAGUAUUGUUUCAUAAAAAUGAAGGACUAGAGUUUAAAGCCAUUGGGCUACCAUAUAAAGGCAAUCAAUUUAUAACAUAUUUUUUGCUUCCCGACACAAAUGUCAGUUUAAGCAGUGUAGUAGCUAAAAUGAACGGAAAAACAAUCAGAAACAUAACUAGAAAUGCUAGACUCACAGAACUCACAUACUUUGUGCCUAAAAUGACUCUUAAGUCUUUGACCAACCUACGACCAGUUUUGCAGAAUUUAGGAAUUAACAAAAUGUUUGACCCUUCAAAGGCUGAUUUAUCAAAUAUGGCCACAGAUCCAGGUUCUUACAUUAGUGACAUUUUACAUCAAGUUGAAAUUGAUGUCAAUGAAAUUGGUACCGUGGCAUCGGCAGCUACUGUAGUAACUAUCACAAGAGGAGGCCAGACUGUUUUUAAUGUAAACAAGCCAUUUAUAUUUUUUAUUCAUCAUGUAGAAAGUGAUACGGUAGUAUUUUGGAGUACUGUAUAUAAGCCUACGCCAUAUUCAUUGACACCACCAAAUUUAAAUUCUUUUAAAAAAACAUAAAUCCCUAUUAGUGUAAUUUGAAAUAUUUUUUAUUUUUUUUAUUGUAAUCUUGAAUACUUAUACAAAUAUAAUAAUAUAUAUGUUAUGUUACUUCACAAAUGAUCA